AGGGGGGUGUAACCCGAGGCAGCUAGCGGAAACUCCUACAAGUGGAAGGUUUCCGUGCAGGACCGCUUAUAAAUCCAAGUGACCUGGCUAAUGUUAGGUCCACAGUAACAAGUAGAUGUCUAACCAACAAGAGGGAAACAACUAGUGACGUUAUUCGGCGAUAUAACGGGGCGGGAUUGAAAAAGAAAGAGACGUUGACAUAGCGAUACAUAACGAUGAGCGUCCAAUCGGCAGAGGGGAACCCCUGUCAGUCAUCUUUGAAAGGACCAAUGGGAUGUCCCUAGAGGCGGGUUUUCUGUGAGGCCGGAGUUCCGUCUGCUGUAUGCUGAAGAUUUGGUGGGUGGGCUCACUGUUGACCCGGGCCAUUAUUCAUCGGAUUUAGAAAUAAAACAAUCACUCGGAAUCGGAACGAGGAAAAACCGCGGUGUAACGCUGCGGGAGUGGCGGGUUUUCUGCUGGACGGGGGAGCCUCGCCAGGGGCUGCGUGGAGGGACGAUCGGGGGAGCGGAGAUCAGAACCAGGCUGGGCUCAUCGAAUCCGAGUCGGCGGGGCGGGAAGGAACGGCCGGCCGGGUAGCAGGUGCUGGGGCGCCCUUUGACCACAUGCAUAUAAGCGCGCUGACCGCAGGAGGAACCGAGAGCGACCCGAAAGUCUGGACCCGGUUCGGGACUGAGCGGCGGCAGCCGGAGAGAGUGCCCGCGGGGGGGUGCGAUCAUCCAGCCAGUCGGCCUGCAGUCAUGGGCAACACGCCCACCGCCAAGAAGGGUGGCGAGAUGGAGAGUGUGAAAGAGUUUCUUGCCAAGGCCAAAGAAGAUUUUCUCAAGAAAUGGGAGAACCCAGCACAGAACACAGCAUCUCUGGACCACUUUGAGCGGUUAAAGACUCUGGGCACCGGGUCAUUUGGACGGGUCAUGCUCGUCAGACACAAGGAAACAGGUCAGCAUUUUGCCAUGAAGAUCCUGGACAAACAGAAGGUGGUGAAGCUGAAGCAGAUUGAGCACACGCUGAAUGAGAAGCGGAUCCUGCAGGCCGUCAGCUUCCCCUUCCUGGUCCGUGUGGAGUACACUUUCAAGGACAACAGCAACCUGUACAUGGUGAUGGAGUAUGUGCCAGGAGGAGAGAUGUUCUCACACCUGAGGAGGAUUGGCAGGUUCAGCGAGCCGCACGCCCGCUUCUACGCCGCGCAGAUCGUGUUGACGUUUGAGUACCUGCACUCCCUGGACCUGAUCUACCGGGACCUGAAGCCAGAGAACCUGCUCAUAGACCAGCAGGGUUACAUCCAGGUGACUGAUUUCGGCUUCGCCAAGCGGGUGAAUGGCAGGACCUGGACGCUGUGCGGGACCCCCGAGUACUUGGCCCCAGAGAUCAUCCUCAGUAAGGGGUAUAACAAGGCGGUGGAUUGGUGGGCUCUGGGCGUGCUGAUCUACGAGAUGGCGGCGGGAUACCCGCCGUUCUUCGCCGACCAGCCCAUUCAGAUCUACGAGAAGAUCGUCUCUGGGAAGGUCCGAUUCCCAUCCCACUUUAGUUCAGACCUGAAAGACCUCCUGAGGAACCUGCUCCAGGUUGACCUGACCAAGCGUUUCGGCAAUCUAAAGAACGGUGUCAACGACAUCAAGGGCCACAAGUGGUUUGCCACCACCGACUGGAUUGCCAUCUACCAGAAGAAGGUGGAAGCCCCCUUUAUACCCAAGUGUAAAGGCCCAGGCGACACCAGCAAUUUCGACGACUACGAGGAAGAGGAAAUCCGUGCCUCCUUUACUGAGAAGUGUGGAAAGGAGUUUGCUGAAUUCUAGAUCCACCCAGAAGCAGUGGAGCGAGAGAGGAAGAGUGAGCUGGAGAGGGGAAAGAAUGGAGAGAGAGAGAAGUUUAGAGUGAGAGCCUGAGGCAGCACAGGGAAGCGGCGGGAGACGGACACCAUUCAGCCGCGUCUUCCCUGAGUCGUCUGUUCUGACGACGUGUCAGUACUGCGUUUCCCCCCUUGAGUUUAACGUGUGCGUGAGCUGCUGUGGGGCCGGCCGUGUGAGGGGUGGGCACCAUUCACUAAGUUUGCUCGGUCCAUAGAGGGCACUUCAGCGCAUAGGAUCAGAGGAAACCGGUCCAGUCUCAGCAUCCAUAGUGAUGGGGGGGGGGGGUCUGAAGACUCCAGAUGUUACUCCAGCAGUGGCCUCCCAGAGCAGCACUGAACCGAAAAGAAAUGCGAAUCAGAAAGAAAGAAAGAAAAUGGCAGUCCUACCUGCAAUCCUGCAAUUGAACUCAGCGAGGCAGAGCAGAGUGUGUCCGUCACUCCAUCCAUCUAUUCAUGCAUCAUCCAUCCAUCCAUCCGUCUGCUCUGCCUAUCCAGCUGAGAUUUGCAGUCCUCUUGUCUUCACACAAACAUGUCACUAGAGAUUACAGACAGAAAAUUCUCAGUUUUGGCUGUGCAAAUAAAGGCAGCUGAUUUCUUUUUGAAAUGCACAUGCCCUGAGAUACACAGUCAUACAUGAUGAGAGCAGCGUAUGUUUCUCACGAGGCCGCAGAUGCUCUGCAGGGGCACCAGGUAUCUUUCUCAUAAAGUCUCACGGCCUUCAGAGGGCCGAGCUGUAUGACACAGGAUGGGUUUUUGAUUG